CAACUAAAACUCCAGCAGCUUGCUCCUUAAUGCAAACUUCUGGCCAGGGCUUGCAGGACCAAUUUUUUUUCCUCACGAGUGCCCUUUUCCAAAGGCUGUACUCGUACACUAAUAUGGUUUAGUGUUUCCUAAUGGCAACCCUCUGUCACGCUCUGGAAGCUGUGAGGCGAGAUUUAAGGCGAACUGACAGAGAAAUAAAGAGGCGCUUAAGGCUUUUGGAUAUGCAUUGCCAUAGAUACUGCGACAUACACACCCAUUGCCUCUGCGACAUAAAUCUCCAUCCACAUUGUUGCUGCCUUCUCCAUCCAUAUCCUCACUGCAUGUGUGACAUCCUAUGUUGUCCACCUUGUCGUCCACUCUGCCUCUCUUCCUUGGAGCGUAAAGCGAUCAGAGCUAAAAUUGAAGCCGAGCAAGAACUGGCCAGGAUUCGUAGAAGGGUUACUAAGAUGCUGGCAACCUGUAGUCGCCCAAAGCUUUUGGCUUUGAUGGAUGUGAAGGGUUUUGACCCGGAAGAUAUUACAGUGAAAGUGCAAGAUGGGAAGGUUAAAGUUUCAGCUGAGCACGAAGAAGAAUUUAAGACCUGUCGAAGCAAGGAGUACAACUAUUCCACUGUCACCAAGGAGAUCUCUUUGCCACCCGGAAUAGCAGAGAAUGAAGUGACUUACACCAUUGGGCCCACCAGUCUUGUAAGGAUAGAAUCACCGGGUACUGUGCCUCCGUGCCUCCUCAGUCUGCUUGGAUGAUCAGCGCAGGUAGCUGUUCAGCCAAAGGAUGCAAUAGGCCUCGGCCCUCAGGGCCGCCAUUGCGCCUUUUGCAACACCACCCCAUAACCUUUUGUUAGCAACUUGGUAGCCCUUCUUCCAACAACGACAGUACUGCACA